CAAGUCGGAGUUCGGAGUUCGUUUGAAAUUUGAAAGUUAUCAAAAGUUAUUCCGCCGAAUAUUAUUUAUAAGUAAACACGAUUAACGAGAAAUGACCCUUUUGUUACAACAAAUUACUCAAUAAUGACUACAGUUGAUGUAUCGAAUUUUAAUGAGGACUUUAAAUCUGAAAAAACUAUCUACAAACGCAGGUCAUCGGUUUUCCACGCGCGAUUUUCUACAGCCCGCGAUCACCAAGAUGACAAUGAAGUUAUAAUCAAUGGAAACGGACCAAACCAAAAAGAAUGCAAUGCAAAGGAUGCUGUUGAAGCUUUUAAACUGAGGGAAUAUAUAGAUAAACUCAGGCAGGAGCGAAAGGACUGGCAACAGGAGUAUAGAAAUCGCAAAACUCAACGGAAGAACUUGAUCAAACAGAAAACAAGCACAGAAGGACAAGGACAGAUUCUCGACAUAAAUGUAUUGACAGAAGCCGAAAGAGCUUUUGUCUUAACACGUCCCAAUUAUGAACACAUCUGCAAAAAUAGUCAGAAAUUAUUAGAUGUAGCAUUAAAAAUAUCUAAGCUUAGUCAACACGUACAUAAACUGAAUGAGAAAUUCAUGGAAAGAAUGAAGGAUAAUAUAUCAAAAGCCACUGCAAAUGUUAUUGAAAUCUCAGAACAAUGAAGCAGAUCAGCAAUAGUUUUAGGAAUCGUUUAUUUUUUCAAUUCUAACAAAUUUACAGACAAUAGGAGCAUCAUAAUAAAAAUAUAAAUAACAUUUAAAUUAAUUAAAUAUGACAACACUAGCACGAUUGAUUAUACAAUACUUAUUUGUGUGAUUG